GGUUCACCUUCAAGCUCCACCCGGUCAGACCCUAGCUCCGCCGCCGCCGGGCCGUCCAAGAGCUAUUAGUCUCCCUUUCACCUUCCUCCAUUCCCCUCCGCCGCUCUCCCCUCCCAAACCCCUCCUCACAUCCGCCCAGAUCCUAGCUAGGGUUUCCCUGUCUUCUCCUUCCCUUCUUCCCCUACGCCGCCGCCGGGCCCUCCAAGAGGGUAGCGCCGCCACCAUGUCCGUCGCCGCCACCAAAUUCCCCACCUUUUUUGAGAUGCGGCUGGACAAGGCGACCUUCUUCAAGGAUCUCUUGGAGGCGAUCAGCGACCGGUUCAGUAAGGCCUACUUCGUCUUCUCCGAUAAAGGCCUCGAUGUCCAGGCCGUGGACAGCAGCGGCUUCGCGCUCGUCGCGCUCCUCCUCCCCUUCGAGGCCUUCGAUUACUACCGCUGCGACCGCGCCGUCUCCGGGGGCCUGAGCCUCGUCGACAUGGCCAAGGCCUUCCGCCGCGCCAACAACGACGACAUCCUCACCAUCAAGGCCAUGGGCGACCGGUUCAACAUCGUUACCUUCACGUUCGAGACGCCCAGUAAGUCAGAUGGUGUGAGUCGUGAUUAUGAUUUCAAUUGCGUGGACAUCGAUGUCGGGCCCUUCGAAAUCAAGGAAACCCCGGAAUCAGAGUACCAUGGUGUGAGUCGUGUUUAUGGGUAUCUGCAACAACCUCAGCAGCCUCGGGGAGAGGGACACUGUUCCUUCCGGAGUUGUCAUCUCGGUGGAUAAGGAACGUGUCGAGUUCUUCACUCAUGGAGGAACUGGGAUCUUGAAAGGAUUUCUCUCUAGGCAGACUCAAACUGUUGGCAAGCCAAAAGAACCUAUCCUAAUACGAUCGAAAGAAGAGGUUUCCCUGACCUUUGAACUGAGGCUUAUGAACUCCUUCUCCAAGGCGUCUACCCUGUCUGAUCAUGUGACUAUCCAUCUUUCAUCCAAGCAACCCGCCGUGUUCGAGUACAAGGUGUUGGAGUACAAGAUCCUAGGGAUGGGAUAUAUCAGAUAUUACAUGAUGCCAGGGAUCUCAAAGGAAGAUGAGGCGCAGAAGAUGCAGAGGAUGGCAAUUGAAGAUUAGAUGCAGAAUGAGGGAGAUGAGAUGCAGAACUGAUGACUAAAAGUAAGAUACACGUACCAUCAAUUGAAAAUUCUUCGUCUUGCGUAUGAGUGCCGCAAGGCAAUUCCCGUGGGAAGCAAAUGUGGAACUCAUACUGUUCGUCAGCCACUCCGACCUCCACCACCACAGUGAGCAGGGCAUCCUUGAAUAAAUUAAAAGGCUCUUUCCAUGGACAACGAAGAUGAUGAAAAAUAAGCAUGUGGUGGUUAAUUACUUGGCUGUGUCUAGUGUAUCUUACUUUUAUCGUUGAAAAUUAAAUGAAUGAAGAAAUCACCAUGUCAUAAAUAUGCAUACAUGCUAUUAUAUAUGGUGGCCUACGGUAA